GAAGUGAGAGGUUGAGGCAGGGAGGAAGAAGCCAUGGCGUCGGCGGCGGCCGGUCGGCGGACACCCGGCCUGCGGCUCGGUCAGAGCUGCCCGCCGGCGGGGUCUGGCCAGCAGGGCAAGAAGGACAAUUUUGGUGAGAAAAUGUCUGGCCACGGUGACUGGUUUCAGAGUUCUCGGGUCCCCAGCUUUGCCCAGAUGUUGAAAAAGAACUUGCCAGUUCAGCCAUCAGCCCAGACGGUAACCACACCCACAGGAUGUUCCUCGGAAAGUUACAGCUUGUCGAACAUGGCAUCCAAGGUUACGCAAGUGACGGGUAAUUUUCCAGAAGCAUUGCUCUCCAAAGGUCUUUCAUCUAUUCCAAAUCCUCUCCUUCCUCCGAAAAAAAUACCUAAGGAAUUUAUAAUGAAAUACAAGCAUGGAGAGAUAAAUCCUGUAUCAGCCUUGCACCAGUUUGCGCAAAUGCAGCGGGUUCAGCUUGACCUUAAGGAAACAGUAACAACAGGUAAUGUUAUGGCACCAUAUUUUGCUUUUUGUGCUGUGGUGGACGGUAUUCAAUACAAGACUGGACUGGGACAAAGUAAAAAGGAGUCUAGAUCCAAUGCAGCAAAAUUAGCUCUUGAUGAGCUUCUACAAUUGGAUGAAACUGAACCAAGAAUUUCAGAAACAUCAGAAGUGAGACAAAUUCAGUUCGCAAAGAUUUCACAGAUUGUUAAAGAAACAUUUUAUCAACUAAUUUCUAAUCAUUCAGAGUAUCUGAAAUGUAGCAACUCAUUAGCUGCUUUUAUAAUUGAAAGAGCUGGACAGCGCGAAGUUGUCGCUGUGGGCACAGGUGAAUACAAUUAUAGUCAGUGCAUUAAGCCAAAUGGAAGAGUGUUGCACGAUACUCAUGCUGUUGUUACGGCAAGGAGAUCUCUCCUUAGGUACUUUUAUAGACAACUUCUGCUCUUCUACAGCAAAAAUCCUGCUAUGAUGGAAAAAUCAAUAUUUUGUGCAGAACCAGCUUCUAAUCUACUCACUCUCAAGCAGAAUAUCAACAUUUAUCUCUAUAUGAACCAGUUGCCUAAAGGAUCAGCCCAGAUUAAGUCACAAUUGCGUCUUAAUCCACAUUCUGUGUCUGCAUUUGAAGCCAAUGAAGAACUGAGUCUCCAUGUGGCUGUUGAAGGCAAAAUUCAUCUGACUGUCUACUGCCCUGCAGAUGUUGUUAAUAGAAUAAGCAGCAUGUCCUCAAGCGACAAACUGAUGAGAUGGGGAGUGCUUGGUGUACAGGGAGCAUUGCUGAGUCAGUUUAUACAGCCAGUUUAUAUCAGCAAUAUACUUGUUGGUGAUGGGAAUUGCAGUGAUACUAGAGGCUUAGAAAUUGCUAUAAAGCAACGUGUUGAUGAUGCACUCACUUCAAAACUUCCAAUGUUUUACUUGGUCAACAGACCUCAUAUUAGUUUAGUACCUUCUGCAUAUCCAUUUCAAACAAACUUGGAAUAUAAAUUCCUGAGUCUGAAUUGGGCACAAGGGGACAUUUCUUUGGAGAUUGUGGCUGGCCUAAGUGGGAAGAUCACCAAAAGUUCCCCAUUUAAAAGUGGUGUGUCAAUGGCAAGUCGGCUUUGUAAGGCUGCAAUGUUAAGUCGAUUUAACCUGCUUGCCAAAGAAGCUAAAAAAGAAGAUUUACUUGAAGCUAGUACAUAUCAUGCAGCUAAGCAUAUGUCUGGAUCCUAUCAAGAAGCUAAAACUUUGUUGAAAUCCUACCUACAGCAGCAUGGCUAUGGCUUCUGGAUUGUGAAAUCUCCCUGUAUAGAGCAAUUUAGUAUGUGA